AUGGGUUCAAGUUUGAAUGUGACGUUGUUCCCCUGGGAUCCCAAUUCAGACGUUCAUCUGAAAUGUCUUGUGUCACAACGAGUCGAAUGCGGUUGGGACAAGGGAAAAGUUGAGACCAAAUGGAAGAAGCAACAGCUCAAAGGUGAAAAAUGCAUCUAUUGGAUUGUCCUGCCAUCAGAUGACUCACAAGCGAUGUCGCCAAAGAAUGAUGAAAUGCUCCAGGAUACAGCCACAACAAUCAAUGCUGUCUCACGUCAGCCGACAAAAGAAAGCUUCAUCCCUAUUGGCCACAUUUCACUGGAUUCCAAGAACCCCGAUGCAGAGCACAUUGAGCUUAACCUGCCAGCCGAGAACGUCUUCUGGAUAAAGACAUUCUAUAUCAGGCGGACCAUCCAGGGCCAGGGAAUUGGACGGGCUGCAAUGGAUGAGGUCGAGUCCAUGGCAGUCCAGGAGCCAUUGCUAGCCAAGAUAUUGAUGCUAGACACGGUUCAGAAAGAUGAUCAGAAGAGAGAAGAUUUUGCGAAGGUAACAUAUGGUGGCAUUCCAAAGACAACGAACGAGGAAUGGUAUGCUCGUCGAGGUUACCGAUUGAUCAAGACUGUGAGGGAUUAUUAUCGUGACCCGGAUAGAAAUGGGAAGGUUUGGGAUACAAGGACAGUUUUUAUGAGAAAGGAUAUUGCAGAACGUCAGUAA